AUGACGGCGACCUCCCCGGACACCUUCCCCCUGCGCUGGCCCUGGAGCUUUAAAGAACAUGUCUCGUCAAAGCGACCAAACAACCGCAGCGAGCAAAACCAAACCGCUCUCCCUCCCCUAGCUAGCUCCCCAGCAGCCCGCAAGCAAGGCAACAAGGCGGCCACGAGCGUGGUGGUCCUGGACGGCUCGACGGUGCGCGCCUUCAUGGCGGACGAGGCGGCCUUCGCGCGCAGCGUGGACGCGCGCUUUGCGGCGCUGGACGCCAACGGCGACGGCGUGCUGUCGCGCGCCGAGCUCCGGCGCACGCUCGAGUCGUUCCGCCUCCUCGACGGCGCCGGCUUCGGGUCCGCCCGGCCCGCGCCGCUCCCCGCCGAGGUCACCGCGCUCUACGACGCCGUCUUCGAGCAGUUCGACGCCGACCACAGCGGCGCCGUCGACCGCACCGAAUUUCGUGAUGAGAUGCGCCGCAUCAUGCUCGCCGUCGCCGAGGGGCUCGGCUCGCAGCCGCUCCAGGUCUGCGCCUCUAAGGAGCUCGCACUGCUCCGCUCCCUCGUCGCCACGCAUGUGCCGUGCAGGCUGCUGGUGUUCGGCCUCUCCCCGCAGCUCCUCGCGCUCGCCAGGCUCAACUCUGGCGUCGGCGCCGGCUCCGGGGCCGCCACGGCCUUCGUCACCGACAGCGCUGACGACACGGACGCCGCGCGCCACGUGCUCAUCUCCGGGCGCCAGGCCGGCGGCGAGCAGCUGGCCAGCGAGGAGGGUGGCCGGCGAAGAUGA